UCAAUCCGUAUCUCCGUUGCCGGCUGGUUCUGCCUCUAAUUUUGCUCAUUUUGGUACUAGCAGCUGUGGAGAGGCUUGAGCUUCCUGAGCUUUGGCUCAUCGAACUUGCCUACCUUGGCAUAAUUGACGUGUCAACAUUUUCUCGUUCGUACUUAUCUCUUAAUUGUAUGCGAUAAUCAAAGGAGCGUUUCUGCAGCGGCUACACUCGCCGAGAAAGAAAAACAUGGCGUCAGGUCGUCAGAUCCUUGUGGUGGUAUUUCUUUUAUUUGGCAUUUUUCUUUACGGAAUUUUCGUCGGCUUGCCAGAAGAAGGGCAGACAACUGUUGGCUCACCAAAGGGGAAAGGCAUCGUCACCCCGAGUGGAGACUGCGACCUGCCGUCCUCUGCCGACGUCAAAACCCCUUGGCGCUCAUUCAACUACAAGCAGCUCGAUGUACCAGCGAGUAUCAGCAGUGGAGCCAGUCAAGUCAAGCCAUCGGAGGCGACCGUCGUUGUUGACGGCCUCACAGUGUAUUACCAGGAGGUGAAUCCCAAGGAUGCGUACACUGACAUCUCCGUACUGUUGCUGCAUGGUGCUGCCUUCAAAUCUGAAACUUGGUACAACCUCGGAACCUUAGGCAGUCUGAGCUUGAUGGGAUAUCGAGUUGUUGCCAUUGACAUGCCCGGGUUUGGCAAAUCUCCAUCUGGCACAAUCUCAGACAAGGCAGCAUUCAUGCUACACCUUUUGGCUGCCCUUCGUCUUAAUAAUCCGGUGAUUGUGAGCCCCAGCCUGAGUGGUCAGCUGAGCCUGCCGUUCUUGGUCAGGCAUUGGCAGCAGAUGGCUGGCUAUGUUCCUGUGGCCCCCGUCGGCUGGAAUGUGCUGGAGCAGGUGCAGUGCAACACUGGGGAGGCCCCAGUGGCCGUGUCCCAUGUGUACCCACCGCUCCAGGUCCACCUGCCCAAGCAGGUUCCCAACCUGAGCUGCAUCAAGGUGCCCACGAUGGUGGUGUUUGGCGAGCACGACCGGAGCACGAGCUCGGCGCUGCUGAACCUCCUGCCCAACAGUGUGGCCGUUGAGGUACCCCACGGCAAGCACCCAGCCUACCUGGACAACCCCAUCCUGUGGCAUCAGGCAUUGUAUAACUUCCUGCUGCGUUUGCGCCAUGGACUGCAGCAGCAAGCUACCAAGGGCAGCUCUUGAGUUGAUGCCCCAUCGAAUGCCCCAUCCUCUUUGUUUUUCUUGCGUUUUUUUCUUUCUUUUUCUUUUUUUUAAGCUCUUGCCUAGUGCCUGGAGCUAGAAGGUUAUUUGAACUCUUCAUGCAACUCUGAAGUAGGGUAGGGACAUGCCACUGUUGGCCUGCUUAUUUAUAGGGACACUAAAUAGAAACAUAGUUGGUUUAGACUAGUUUAUUAUUAUUUUGAAGCUUUUCACUUCCUUCAGGGUGAGAAACGGUUUAUUAUUGGCAGAGAGCAGCUAAACUUUUUUCUUUUCGAAUUGUGCUCACGAACUGCCACUUCCGAUAAGAUCAAUCUGAUUCCUUGGUUUAAGCGACGUUCCUGUGCAGAAAAUGUUGGCAGAAUUUGCGUUCUUAUUCUUUUUUCGAGUAACGCGAUGCGGUUCAGUUAUAUUGUUGAACGGUUUGCCUAGCACCAAGCAGACGCUGCCGAAAUCUGCGACCCUGUAAAGGAAGGAGCUGGUGCUACAAUUUCAAGGUGACAUUGCUUGGCUGUCUUUCUUUUUUUGCACCUGUUCGUUAUCAGGCCUUUGUUCAUGGCAAGAAUGACCUACUUGCAGUUUGUAAAGUGUGAUAUAUCGAUUUGAUUUAACCUAAUAUUUCUCAUAGUGUCCUUUUAAAGGAGCUGUGUUGCAGAGAGGUAUUAGACCUUUCGCACCGCCAACAGCAUUUGCGAAUUGGUUUCUGCCUCCUGGAGCCAGCCUCUGUCAGCAGCACUUGAUGAGCUGCGAGGCUGUUUGAUUUGUCCCAACAUCGCUCUUGCAUUAAAAAAUCUUGCGGGUGUGUCAUGGCGCAAGCACUUGUGCUUAGAGUUGAGUUUAUUGUUGGUUAACGAUAGUACGUGGAGCAUUCCAAAGCACUCAUGGAUGGGGGCAUGGCAAUAUCUAUAAUUGUGCUGCCGCCAUGAGAAACUUGACAUUUGAUUCUCUUGUGCCAGUUGUCUCUGUUGCGUUGUGCAAAGGCAUUGCUUGCUUUCAGCUUUUUUCCUCAUGGGACAUAAGGCUGAGAUGUAUUCUGUGGUGUUCAUUAAUUGCUGAAAGGUUGUUUUUGGUGCUUCUGUCAAUGCUGCAUUGCAUUGUGUGCAUUGUAUUAUUACCUCUUGAGACUAUAUACUUGUUGUGAUAGUUCUUGCAUAAUUUCAUAAUAGUUUAGAAAACUGUUCGCACUUCUUUUUCUUUCUAUGUAGCCUACAUGCACAAGCAAAUUGACUAGUGAUUUAACUUAGUUGGCCCUGUAAAACACAGUGGCAUUUUGCCAAUAGGUGGCAUUAAUUUUAGUACCCUCUAAGAGUUUGAGAGUUGAUUGAUGUAGCCCAAUGACAUGGCACUGCACACAUAUGCACUGAACAUUCAUUUACACAAACACACAAUGUACACAUGCACACUGCUUAAACAGUGUGUCAUUAUGUGCAGUAUUCUUAAAACACGCACAUCUCAGAGCGCACUAACUAUUUUUCAUUGACCAGUCCCACUACCUUCAUUCUAUGAGAAAGUAUAGUUUGCUUUUACAUGUUGAUAAAGCUUUUCGAGGUUGUGUAUGCGGCGUGGAAAACUGGCUUGGGACGAAGGAAUCUUAUGCAUGUCAUCUGUCAUGUUUCUUCAAAGAAGUGCAUUAAAAAAAGACAUUAGAAUCGGUUUAGCCUUUAGCAAUCAAGGAAUUUCCCAGUUUGCUACGAGCGUUAGUAGCACUGCAACAUAGCAGUAAACACGAAGACAGUCUCGCUUGUAGUCUUUUGCACUUGGGCGUUAAUAGCACUCGGAGACAUAAGACAUGCAAGAAUUCACAACCGUGUAUUUGUUCAAUUAUUAUAAAUAACCAUGUUAAGAUGGUUAACCAAGAAAAUGCCUUUAAAAUAGUGCAAAAAAAUAAAAUCUAGUUAGAAGUAUUAUAUUUGUACACAAUCCUGAGAAAAAAACAUAUCAGGUUGACGUCCCCAGGUCUGCAAACCAACUAUUAAGGAUAAUAAAACAGAUUAAUGUAGAGCUGUGAGGUUAAAUUAUAUAUGUUGCUAGUGCUUAAUGUGUAACUAGUGCUACGUGUGACCACGCAGUGCAGUCCACUUAUAACAGUAUCAAGAACAAAAGAUCCUGUCGUUAUAACCGAUCAUCGCUAUAUCUGGACUGCCAUAAAAAACACUGUCGAACAUACCUUUGUAGCUCUGAAAACAAAUUUACCGUUUGCGCUAAAGAAUGGAUGUUAUGUAAAGUAGACUGUGAAAAAUGAAACGUUUACUUAUUCCUCUAAACAGCAUAUCAAACGUUCGAUGCCCUGAAAUAGUCAGAAAUCCAGACUUGCUUUCCUUUCGCGGGAGUUCCGGGUUCACAACUGCAGCGUCCAGCUGCUGCGCGAACACUAGCGGCAAUAAUUUAGCGUGCAUGAAAUCGGUGAGCGCGUCGAUCGACGACAGUGCACUUCGCAUGAACAUCGGGGUCGGUGUCAUAGGCGGGUCAUUGUCAAUCUCGUCGCCCCCAUCGCACAACACCAACAUCUGUCGCGACAAUGAUCGCCCCAUCGGAGAUCUCUUCGCAUAACGAGGCAGCACUAUCUGCACUCGGAAACUCCUCCAUCAAAGCACCACCUGCUUCACUGUCAGUAGCGACGGGCUCCCAGAGCUCGAUAAUGUCAGCAGCUUCCACCGUAUUGGUUUCACUAUCAUGGGGCAUUUCAUUCUGGUGCACAAAGCCCGCCUUUUCCGUUGAUCAACAUGGUCUCUGGUUGCAGCCUUCAUGUUCGCUCGUACUUCUUUGAGCUUUGCAAAAUUUGCAGCUUCGUCUCAAGCGAUACAAGAUUCCGCUUUGUCGGCACCGUCUUCUAUCAACCGGGCUGUCCGCUGCUGCCUCCAUGGCGCAUUUCCAUGCUCGCUGAGAAGGGGGCAAGCUAUGCUUCGCUUCUCGAAUUUUUUUCUCUCUUCUCACACGUAUCUCGAUUGUGGGCGAUGCCAGGCGGCUGGCACCAUCUCGUGGCACGACGCACCAACUAGUGAUGCUCUCCAUGGCUUUCGCAAUCGGUGCGUGGGUGGGACGCAUUGCGCGGCUAAUGUCGGCAAAUACGAACUUGCGUAGGGAAACAUAUCGCCCCGUCUCGGCAUCGUUCGUUUGACGGGAACUUAGGAAUACAAAUUUCACAAUUAUUCUGCAUGGAAAACUCCAUUCAGAAGGCAAAAUUUUGAUUGUUAUAUAAGGGUCUUUUACUCAUAGCCCAAAUGUAUAAGUUGACACUCUCAAGUCGGCUCAUCUUUAUAGCCUAUAUAUCGUUAUAUGUGGUAUCGUCGUAAGUGGAGUGCACUGUAGUCAGCGUUUUCAACUGUUCUGUUGGUAAGAUAGUUACGUAACCUGGCUCUCUCUGUAAAGGAGAAGGUGGUAAAAAGCUCAUUUCCUGUUUCAGAGCUCAUGUUGUUGAGGGAUUUCACAAUUUUCAUGUGGUUGACCUGUGCAUAAUGUUGCUUUUGUUUCUCAUCACUGCCAUGUGCAAUGUGACACCAUUCGCAAAGACAAUGCUUGGAUGUGCAAGAAUUAAAAAGGAGAUAAUGUUCCUACAAUUUGAGUAUAUGACAGAGUUGUGAUUGCUUCGAUUUGCAGUCUGAUUUUGUUUUUGUGUGUGUGCUCUAACAAGUGAAGAUGUUGCUCUUAAUCUAAGUAGGGCAGCCACUAAGUAUUGGUAUUAAAACACGGGUAAAAAAAGGCAGCCAUGCCAUAUUUUAGCCAAGCGUUUGUAAAACUUGGCUUUUAGGGCAAGUUUUAGGGUGGCGCAUCAUUUCUUUAGGUUCAGGGAAGGCUGGUGUUUUGUGACUGUUAACAUUGCGGUUUCUAUUUCCAAUGCGGAGUCAAGCAUUUGGUUCUUUGACCCAUUUGGGAUUGCUGCAAUAAAUGUGCGUUACAUAUAUAUAAGUUGGCACGUGAAGACUGGUCUUGCAGGUAGUGUUUGUAUGCUAGUCCCACCACUCGUGACACUCAAUCAUUGGCCAGUGGCUACAACUCCUCAGCGAAUUUGUUUUGAAGUGUUCUACGAAUGUCAAUGUGAUAUUUUUAUAUCAAACAGACCAUAUGAAUGUCUUGGAAUAUGUUGUUUCUGAAAACGCCGUCGGCAAAGCAAAAGCAAAGUCCUUUGCUGCGUGCCCACUCCAAGGCCAUAUUAGGCAUUUGUAGUGAGAAAUUGCAAAGCCUAUUUUGUUUUUUUUUUGCAUAAAAGAAUGUUAUUUUUUAUACACUUGUGCCUGCAUUGGCGAAAAUGUACAAAGAACCGAUUCCAGAGUUGUUUUUGUUGCCAUAUCAAAGUGGUGAGUGUUGGUGUUAUUUUUGUAUUGUUUCCGUGUUGAAAAUAAACUUUGGAUACAUUA